GUCAGCAAGCCACCUCCACCUCCACCUCCACCUCCAAAACAAUGGCGACCUCGGGCUCCUCCUCCUCCCCGUCCUCCCCCAAGCGCCAGCGACUGCCGGCCCAGGCGCCACCGCCGCCGCCGCCGCCCAGGACGGACAUGCUGAUGGCGCUCCCGUCGGACAUCCUCGACGACCGCAUCCUCGUGCUGCUCCCCUUCCACAAGCUGGUCCGCACCUCCUGCCUCUCCCGCGCGUAGCGCCGCCGCUGGGAGUCGAUCAAGAACCUCGAGAUCGAGCUGCCCCGUGCCUACUCCGGCGGCGGCCGCGCCCUGUGGCGGUGCGCGCGGCCCGUCCGCGGCUUCCGCGCCCGCGUCGCCCGCCGCGACGUCUUCCGAGCCGCCCGCUGGCUCCGCGCCAUGGCGCGGAAGGGCGUCCAGGAUCUCAGCCUGGAGUUCUCGUUAGGCCGUAAGCCGUGCCGCCUUCCCGGACCCGCCCUCUUCUCCUGCGCCGCACUCGUCCGCCUCGACCUCGAGCAAUGCGACAUGCCGGCGGCGCCGCCGGGCUUUCCGGGCUUCCCCAACCUCGAGCGCCUCGACCUCGUGUAUGUCACCCUCCCGUUCGCCGGUGCCGGCACGCAGCUCGAACACCUCAUCGUCGCGGCGGAGAAACUCGCCGUGCUCAAGUUGUCACUCGUGAUCACCACCACCGGCGGCGGCGUGGACACGUGGGCCAUCAGAGCGCCCAAACUCCGGGAACUCUUCAUCACCAUGGCGAUGGGUGACGACAACGGCUGCCGAAUACCAAUGCCGCUCCCCAUGCUGGAGGAGGCGACCAUCUCAUUCGAUCGCCUCUUCGGAACCCAAGACUUCCUCGAUGCUUUCCAGAAUAUUUCUACUGUCAAUAAGCUCUGUUUCAUCAGUGAUAAGUUACGACGUCAAACCAUUUGAAUACCUCGUUGGAUCCCAAUUUUCAUUACACGCCUAUCUUUGCUUGCCUCAUUGUCUGCUUGUGAAUCCCAUGUACAUGUUCAUCCACAUUUAUGAAUUUUAGUUACCUCAUUUACACAGGUAAUUUGCAGACUUGAUUGGGGGCACUGCUGAUCUCAUUUAUGUCUUGUAUAUAUGUAGUAUGUUCUGCAUUUCCACUGAGUUUCACUCACUAACACAGUAACACUGCAACUGCUAUCAGGGGCGGAUCCAACGUGGGUGCAGGGGGGACUCGUGUGCCCCCUACACCCACAAGACUCAUGAAUACCCCCUGGAGCACCCCUUCAAUUUUUUCACCAUGAAUGAUAAACUAAAGAUCUCUAGAUUGCUGUAGGUUGAAGAAAUUGUGUAAUUGAGCCCCCCUAAUUUUUUGUUCUUGGAUCCGCACCUGACUGCUAUAGUAGCUCACGAGUCAUUUCCCUGAACUGACUAUUUUCAGACUGGCGUGAAGUACCUUGCGUCAUGGCCUUGAUGAUGAUGAAUACUCCUUCUCAGAACAAAAGGUGUAUUCAUCAUCAUUUUCUGAGAAGGACUGAUCUCUCUCCUAAAUUUUGGUUGUGAUAGUUGUCGGAGGACAAUUCUUUUACUGCUUCUAGUUCACCUUGAUUGCUCAGAGUAAGGCUGUUGGGAUGAUCUAACUUGUUUUUGGAUAGAAAGUAGUAUUUUGACAACUUAAUUACAGUUUGACUGAAUUGGUCAAUGUGAAACUCGGAGAUUGUAGAGAUGGUAUGUCGUGUUUUGGCAAAUGUGAAUUGAAGACAUGUACUCCUAUACAAAUCCCAACAUUGCUGACAAUAUGGCUCUUAGGUUCUGAAAAUGAAGCUUCAAGAACCUUUCUAACUACAGGAUCAUGGUGUAAUAUUUGAAUGUUUGCUUAGAUUAGUAGGUCGAUGCAAACUUGCACCAUGGACAUAUGUCAGGCCUAACUAUGUUCUUAUGAUUUUCAGUUCAACAUUAAUAUGCUGGAGGGAAUUACUUGCAAGUUUGAGAACAUAAGGGAAGCCCGCCUGACCAUAGAUUUUGGCCAACGCUCAAAUGUUCUAUCGUUAGCUUCUUUACUGAAGUUUGCUCCGCACAUUGAACACCUUUGCAUUUCGAUUGCUUAUUCAGAAUGGGAUGAAGAUGAGAUUGAUGAAGACCCUCUGAAUUCCGAAGAUGAGAUUGACGAAGACCCCCUGAAUUCAGAAGAUGAGAUUGAUGAAGACUCCCUGAGUUCUGAAGAUGAGAUUUAUGAAUACUUCCUGAAUUCUGAGAUAAGCAGCUACUUGUUUGCAAGCCUCAAAUAUGUUUCCCUGACUGAAGUCAAGGUGAAGGACAACUCAAAUCAAAUGUGCUUUAUGAAGCAUUUACUAUCCAAAGCAAGAUCUCUUCAAACAUUUGAUGUCACUUUCGUCUGUGACGAUGAAAGCAACGAAUGGUAUGGAAAUGCAUGGGGAGAAUUAAUGGAGUGCCAAAAGGCUUCACUCCCAAGUUGUGUUGACAUCAAAACUGAUAAUAGACUACUGAUAAGUCAGACACAUCCUGCUGUUGAUGCUGCCUUCGUAUUAUGGAAGAAAUACUUCGGAACUUGCUAUACUGUCUAGAUUCUAGAUGAGGCUGUUCUUGUGCAACCAGCUGCUUGUUUUCCUUCUCGAGAAGGCAGAGAGUUGUACAUAAAGAAGCUAGUCGAUGGAGUAUCAGACUUUGUUUGUGGGACACUACGAUUUUCUAGAUGUUUACACUGAUAUAGCAUGUGGUGGUAUUUUUGAAUGGCA